AUGGUCCUACCAAGGGAGGGAAACGAGGGAAAUGCCUACGUUCUCGGGGUUGGCAUGGCCCAGUUUUUGAAGCCCCGUGCCACUCGUCCAUAUACCGAGUUGGCAUUUGAAGCCGGCGCAAAGGCCAUGCUCGACGCCCACAUUACAUACGACGACGUCGAAGCCGGAAUCGCGUGUUACACUUCCACCGGACCGACAUGUACCGGGCAACGGGUGUUUUAUCAGUUUGGUAUGACUAAUAUCCCGAUCUACAACACCAACAACGCGUGCGCUAGUGGCUCCACCGGCCUCCACCUUGCUAGAACCUUUGUGAAAUCCGGUCUGCAUGAUUGUGUGCUGGUUGUUGGCUUUGAGCAGAUGGCCGCCGGGCCACUGGUCAGCAACAUCACGGACCGGCCGACCCCGUAUGACCUGAGCGUGAAGUUGAUGUCGGCCACGAGAGGGUGGGCCGACUUACCGAAGAACCCUCAGCUGUUUGGCAACGCGGGGAAAGAAUACAUGGAGAGGUAUGGUGCAACCGCCCAGGAUUUCGCCGAGAUUGCGCGUAUCUCACACGAGCACUCAUCCCGCAACCCAUACGCCCAGUUCCAAACGGUCUACACCGUUGACGACAUCCAGAAGUCGCCAAUGAUCCACUACCCCCUCACCAAGCUCCAGUGCUCUCCAACUUCCGAUGGCGCCGCCGCGGGUGUGGUUGUCUCCCAGAAGUUCCUGGAUGCGCACCCUGAGCUAAAAAGCCACGCCGUACUGAUCGCGGGGCAAUCGAUCAUGUCCGAUGGGCCCUUGCUAUACUCGGGCAGUGCCAUGGAGCUGGUUGGAUAUGACAUGACCAGAAGAGCCACCCGGGCCGCAUUGGCCGAGGCGGGCGUCACCCUUCAGGACAUCCGAGUGUGUGAACUACACGACUGUUUUUCGACCAACGAGCUCAUUUCACUGGACGCGAUGGGGUUCUGCGACACGGGGAAAGCGCAUUAUUUAGUCCGCAGUGGAGAUAUCACGUACGGAGGCAAGGGCCCUCUCGUCAACCCGUCGGGGGGGCUGAUCUCCAAGGGCCACCCGCUCGCUGCGAGGGUGGCUACGAACGGGCGCCUGGUACCGGAUACAAAGGUGGCCUUGCAGCAUAAUAUUGGGUUGGGGGGGGCCGUGGUGGUCACGGUGUACCAACGUGCUGAUGGAAAGAGCAAUACCAACGUCGCAUCUGAUGAGACCGAAGCGGCCAGGAUGAGUGGUUUGGGAUACAACCCAGCGGUGGAGGCCAGGUAUAUCACCCGUGCACAGGCCAAUGCGGUGCGGAGUACGAAAGCUCCCAGUGAUUAUGCCCUGGAUAGCACGAUCGACUUGAUAGAGGCCAGACUGCAGAAGUUGUAG